AUGAAAGAUGAUCCAAACCCACCACCCUCGCCGGCUGCGCCGGCGGCGACAACACCACCAUUGGAUCUGUCGGAACUUCGCUCCCUCGACGACACAAUUGAACACUUCAUCGGCAACUUCGGGUUGAAGCAGUUGAUCCAAUCCGUCCUUUUAUCUUUCGCAUGGUUCUUCGACGCACAACAAACGUUCAUCUCCGUCUUCGCCGACGCAAAACCCGAAUGGAUAUGCAAUGAUCACUUCUCAUCGACGACAUGCAACUCCACCGCGAACAUAUGCCGGUUACCGAAGGAAUCGUGGUUGUGGAAUUCUCCGGUGCACGCGUCCAUCGUUUCCGAUUGGUCACUCGAGUGCGCGGGACCUGUAAUCACCGCCCUCCCGUCUUCGUCCUUCUUCUUGGGCUGCUUGGUCGGCGGUUUUGUGCUGGCCACUCUAUCGGACUCGUAUUUCGGUCGGAAGAAUACGUUGGUCCUGUCAACCCUAAUUAUGUCGGUUUCGGGUUUGCUAACCGCGGCUUCGACCAACGUAUGGAUGUACGUUGGAUUGAGAUUCGUCAGUGGAUUCGGGCGAUCCAGUGUCGGAAUUUGCGCUCUCGUCCAUGCAAGCGAGCUUGUUGGGGAAAAAUGGCGCCAAAAAGUUGGGGUUUUCGGAUUCUUGUUUUAUAGUUUCGGGUUUCUAUCUCUACCGCUGAUAGCUUUUCUCAUAAGAGGAUCUUCGUGGAGAUUUAUGUACAUAUGGACAUGUUCUCCAUGCGUUUUAUACUCACUACAAGAAAUAUUGGUUUUAGUGACGAUUUUGUAUGGUCGCUAA